AUGAAUUGGAACAAAGGAAAGAAAGCAUUUCCCAAGCACUUCAAGAAUUGUGCAGAAAAACUGAAUCAUCUCGAGCGGCAAUGCUUCAAUCCAAUUUUGAUUGAGCUGCAGCAUUUGCAGAAACUGGCAGAUGUACGCCUGGAAGUGAAUGGAGACAUUAUCAGGUGUCAUGCCAUAAUCCUGGCAACUCAUUGUGCUCUCUUUGAAGACCUCCUUUCCCAGCUGCCCCCUUUGCCUGUUUAUCAUAUGAUUCUUGAUGGGUGGGACUCAGAAAUAGUCCGGCACUUUGUGAGCCUCCUGUAUGUAGGACACCUGGAAGCUUCAAGCAAUGUCCUUACUGAGGUUCAACAGUUGGCAAAAUAUGUCAAAUUCAGGGGUACCUUCGAGACUGAGGUCUUGCCUGAAGAGGAGAGACCCAGUCUUCCUACCAAGAAAUUCAAUGGACUCACAAUAAGAGCUGGUGAUCCUGUGACUCUGACAAUCGAUGAAGACUCACUUAAACAGUCUCAAGCACGUGAUGUCAAUCACCUGGCUAACCGUCUGAUGGAUCAGCUUUCUCAGUGGCACAGUUUUGAAUUUCAUCCCAGCUCAAAUCCCAAUAAGAAAUAUAGAUCUUCACCAGUGCAACAACCUGUAACUAAUCUUAGGAAAGAUCAGGAGAUUGCUGCUGAGACAGAUGCUCAGCUUGAAUCUUCUCCAAUGAAGCAACUUGUGACUCUUUCUGGAAAAGGAGAUGAGGAGCCUGCUUCUGAAACAGAUAUUCUAGAUGAAUCUUCUGCAAUGAACCAAUCUGUGACUUCUCCAGUAGGAGAUGAGCCUACUGCUGAAACAGCAUCUCACAUUGAAUUUUCAUCAAUAGCACAACCUGUGACUUCUACUCAGAAAGGAGUGAAAAAGGUUGCUGCUGAUAGAGAUGCUCAGAUUGAUUUUCAAUCUGUGAUGCGUUUCUUUAGAUGUAUUUUGGAAGGAAAGUGUGAUAUUGAUGUUCUCAGACGUCUGUAUGAAGACAUUAAGUUGCAUACAAGGUGUCAAGUCACAUACCCUGCACAAUUGCAAGACAAUGUGAUUCCAGUUUUGAAUGAUGACAACCUGCAUCAUGAUAAACUAUUUGAAGAUAGAAGCAACCAAAGCUGUAAUAAGAAAAAUAUGUCUCUGCCAGUGAAACAACCUGUGACAUCUAUGGGGAAAGGAGAUAAUGAGGAAAAGUGUUGUGAUAAUUCCUCUGAAUAUACCAAUAUGGAAAUGGACAAACAUCAUGAUGUACCCACUGAAGGCACAAGUCAAGAGCUUUGCAAAUACUCUUCAAAGGAAUCCUCCACCAUCCAGACUAUGGAGGAACCAAGCUUGAAAGCUGAUUCACUUCAGGAUUCCACCUAUAUGCAACCUAGCAAAUGGCCCCAUAAGGUUGCAGCAUACAAGUGCAAUACCUGCAAUAAGUGCUUCGAGUCAUCAAAUGGUCUUGAUGAUCAUUUAGUUGGGGAAGAGCAUAAAAAGACAUUGACUGAACAGUCAGCAUCUAUAUCUAGGAAGCUUGGUCCAUUUCGAGCAUACAGAGAAAGCCAAGCUUCUGAAGAACCACAUAUUCAGAAGCCAAUUCCAAAACUGAAGAUAAAGAAGCUGCGAGAGAUUGCUCAAGCAUCAACAGAAUGGACUGGAAUCUCUGACAGCUAUUUUCCAUGCAUUAGAAAAGAAGGGGACUUGACAGAUUUCAAUGUGGUAAUUGAGAAGACUGAGUUCCACAUGUGCCCUAUCUGCAAGUGUAUGUUCAUCAGUCUCUUCUCCCUGCAAACACAUAUGAAGCAAAAUUACAGUGUCCAACACAUGUGCUGUGCCUGCCAGCAACACCUCCCCUUCGACCUUCUCAUUCCACACCUUCGGCAGGUGCAUGAUAUUAAUCAUCCAAAGAAACUCCUGAAAGACUUUGGACUUCAGCAAUCACCAAUGAAUGAGGACUUUUAUGAUGAAGAUGACAUGGAUGAGAUCUUAAACAGUGACUCAGACUAUUAUCUUCCCCAAUCAGACACCUCUUGCAGCAGUUCAGAUGAAGAGGAGUUCUUACCUAAUGCCCGGAACCGACGCCAAAAUCGACCUGCAGGAGAGAAUCAACCAUUGAAACUCAAGAAGAAAGCCAAGAAGAACAUCUGGGCAUCCCUGCCAUCAAUAUCUACAAAAAGGCGGAAGAAGCGCCAGAAAGGUACCAAAGAGCGAAUGCAAAGAAAGAAACCUCGUAUCAGCUAUGAGGAAUGCAGUGAGCUUGAAUCUGAUGAGAGCCUUGGGGCAGUGGACACCUAUGGAAUGGAGCCAGAGUCACUUCUCAAGCUAGCUAGAGAACGACCUGAAAUUAAUCAUGUUGACAAGGAUGAAGCUCCCUAUUGUGGUACUACAGAAACCCUGUCACAGUCAAAGCAGACUGAAGAGUGUGGUCACAAGGAGGCCCAAACAAAUGGAACUGAAGGGGUGUUAGAUCAUAAUGAUCAAUUACCAGCAACUGAUGCAACUAUUGAAUUUAAGGAUACACAUCACAAAAGUCAUCUGGAAGAGAAUGACAGUCAUCAUCAGGCAACUCUGGAGAGAGACAAGGAAGAGAAUCACUGUGUAGGUGAAGCAAUGCUCCCUCAAGACACUAACUGUGUAUUCCAAGAAGAGCAAGAAGCAGCCAUUUCAUCCCUCAGAAGUGAUGACCCAGAAGAUGGUAAUGAACCUGAAAACACCCAUCAAGUUCAUGUAGAAAGCACAGAGCAAGACAGCAGGAAAGGUGAGGUUGAAGUGGAUAAGAACAGCAACAUAGUUGAUGGUGAACAAGAUCCAACAUCUCCAUGUGAUGCAGGAAGAUCUGUGGUGGAUGCUGAGAAGAAGGAUCAGGAAAUACAGAAAGAGAAGAUAGGGCAGGAACCACAACAAGGGAGAAGUCUUGAGGUGCAAAAGGUUUCUCAGCCAGCUGAACAAAACCAAACCACAGGGAGGAAGAAUGGAGAAUCUUCUCGGAAUUUAGCUGAAAAAGGUAAUUUUCACCAAAGGGAAGAAAUUGGGAGCAUAGAGGAACAAGAAAGAGAAAGAGAAGAGACUGAAUUCCCCUAUCCUGGAAAAAUGGAGGUUGAAUCAGAUUAUGAAUACGAUGAUGAGGAUGAGCAAGAGACUGAUGAUGAUGGUGAUGAUACGAAGUUCAAACUAGAGCCAACCAGUCCCUCCUCUCCUGAUGUUCCAAACAUCCACAAUUCAUCAUCCCCUCCUCCAGCCAGAGCCGAACACGUGAAGCGUGAUUCUCCAACUCGAUUGUUUGUGUUUGAACCCCCACCAGCUAUUCCAUUGGCACCAAAGACAAAUCUUUCCGUCCAGUGUUACAAAGGCCAGAAGGCUCAGCAAUUGGUUGAAGCAAUUCAAAAGCCAGAAAUCCCUGCACUGGUGUCAAGAUCUUCCAUCACCCGUAGACCAGUUCUUGAGCGCUUACCAGACAAUAUAGCCAUAUCUAUGGUUGACAGUUCAUCAAGCAGUGGUUCCUUGGUUCCAACCAUUCCACAACCACCUCAGCAAAGACCUCAGCAUUGGCAGCAGUCGCAGGGAAUCCCAAGAGCACCACCUCCAUUGGUACCAGGUGGAGUUUCAAUCCCUCCAAUGCGACAGAUGAUGCCAAGAGCACGAGCUGCUGUCCAUGGUCAGGCUCCUGCACAGCAGCAGCCCAUGGCACUUAUGCAUAUGCAGUAUGUUCAACAGCAGCAACACAUUGCACAGCAACAGGAGCAACAUGCACGCCUCCUGCAACAGCCCAGACAGUCAACAUUGUCUACAGCAUUGAACACUCAACAACUGAAAGAAACUUCCAGCCUUUAUCUCCGGGGUCAGCAGCCCUCUUCAAGCAUCUCCCUCCCAGGUCAACAGCCCCCUUAUGUCUCCCAUCCAGGUCAACAGCCCCCUUACAUCUCCCACCCAGGUCAGCAGCCCCCUUCUGUCUCCCUCUCAGGUCAACAACCCCCUUCUAGCAUGGUCUACCUGGGUCAGCAGCCUUCAAUGAGUGCAGCAAAGACAUCCGUUAUUGUUGGAGCUCAGAGGCAAAUGCAGCCACCGUCUUCCACAAGUUCAUACAGGGGUCAGGUUCCCACCCUGUCUGUAUCUAGUGCAUUCCAACAAGUGUCUCAUCCAGGACAUUACCGUCCUCCAGCUCCCCACUCCUCUCCAUUUGGAUCCUUCCCAACAUUGGUUCCACGUGCCACUUACCCUCCUCGGCAGAUAGCCCCCCUUGGUAUGUAUCACUCUCAGGGUCCUGGAAAUCAACCCACUCUCACUCCACCCUCUCUGCUUUCCCCAGCCAGGUCCUAUCAAGCUUCAACACCACAGCAAUCUCCAACUUCUAGUACAGCACAUAGCUCCCAGCCAGUCUCUACAGCUUCAUAUGCUACUACUCCACCUGCUCUCAUUUCUGCUCGUGCCCAUGCCUUGCCCCCUCGAAAUAUGUCAUUAAUUCAGUAUCCAAAUGGAAUUCCAACGUUAACUUCUGCCAAUCGAAUGUCUGGCUGUAGAUACCGGUGCAACAGGUGUGGAAUAACAUUACCAUCAUUGCAUGCCAUCAGAAAUCACCAGCAGAAGUAUGUCACUUCUGUACCUACACAAUGCACACAGUGCUCUGUCCAUCUAGCCACUCUAGAUGAAGUUAUAUCCCACAUGCAAGAAAAGCAUAAUUGGAUGACUAUCUUUUAAUAGUGAUUUCAAUAUCAUGGUUUCUUAUGCUUUACUGUUAUCUGAAUAGUUUCUUUCUGUCAUAUUGGAUGCAUGACUUCCUCAUUAUGUAUGGUUGAAAAAGUACCUUUAGGCCUAUGGAGCAUUCAAGACAUUCUUCAGGAUCUCAUCCUUAUGCUUUUCAGUGCAUCAAGUUUGAACCAGGAACCUUACUCAUAAUAAAUUUAUCAGGGUUCAGGCAAGGAGCUUUAUCCUGGAGAGAACUUGAGAGCUGGUUUAUUCUGCAUGUACCAAUAUGUUCAAUGCCACCCUAAUGAGCAGGUCCUAUCUCAGGUCUAAGUUGCAUGAGGUCAUUACCUUGCAGAUGUAUCUUCCAUUACUUUGACCAUUGCAUAUGGAAAUGCAUAUAGAUGUUGCAGACACACUUUCAUUGAAUCGGCCCAUCAGUUGUUGAACGCAAGACUGAGCAUCGUGUUAAUCUCACCUCAGGGGGUCCAAGGAAUAUCCUUGGGCUAUUUCAGGGGUUCAGUGUGUGAUGUCAUGGUUGUCAGGCAACUAUUGAUGCACAAUGUACCAUUAUUACUGUUAUUGUGACCUCUUCUCUCAACUGGUGUCUUAUUACUUUCCAAAGAAUCUUGUUCUUAGUCUUGUGGAAAUGAGUCUUCCUAACCUUGAAGCUCUACUUAUUUGUAUACUGAGCAUUUAACCUUUCAUUUGAGUACGUUUUUUGCACGUUUCAUGUGGCCUCCAGUGAGACUUCCUCUGAAAUUCACUCAGUACAAAUGCAGUCUUCAGUGUGAUUGCUACUUCCACUGAUGGCAUUUAUAUGUCAGCGAUUUGUAUUGUGCGUAUAGAAUGUGCAUGUGUGUUUAUUUUUCAAAAAAGACUUCAAUUUUUCUGUUGAUGUAACUAGGCCUAGGCCUAUUUGAGCUUAGCAUCUUCCUCCAGAUGAGAUUGGAAGAUGAGAGGUAGGAGCUAGUGGGCAGUUGUCGCAGGAAGGUUCUUCUAAUAUUCCAUUCCAAAAAAAAGCAACUGAGCCCUCCCAUAAGCUUUGAGAGUGAAAUAAGUCCCUUCUUCCCAUUAAUUGUGUUGAGAAAAUUCCAUGUCAUGAUGAUGGUGAACUCUAUAUCAUCAGGAAGCUCUUUUCAUCUCCUUUGAUUCAAUAUACACGUAUAUACAUGACAACUUGUGCUGCAAUUACAACUAGGGCAACAAGGGAAGAACCAGGGUCUGUCCUGCAUGCUGCUUCUCAUUUGCUAGGGAUUUUUUUUGUGGAAUGGAAUGCUUCCUAAAAAAUACAAGUUGGUGGUUUUUCAAUGGUCAGCAUCCAAACUGACAUGUAUUACCCUCUCAGUUGUCAAAAACGAUGAGGCAGUACGGGUUGAUAUUGUCAUGGGCUAUCAGGUUAAGAUGAUAUUUCCAAAUUCAUUUUAACAUCUCUUAAAGCCACCAGGACAAUGGCAAAAUCUCAACUCUCAAAUCCCAUGAUCCCUGGUUCUUAUAGUCAUUUUUCUAUUUUGCUAUUACAACCAUGAGUAUGGUGCUUUUUUUUUUGUUGGCUUUAUUGCCCAAGAAUAUGCAGAACUGUCUGAUUGUUGAUUAAGCUAUGUUCUUUUGAUCUGAUGCUGUAUUGUCUUGUAUUUAGUAUAGAAUAAAAUUAAGA